UUGAUCGUACGCGAGGUUCGAAAUUCAGUUAGGAACAGCACGUGUGUUCGCUGCUACGAACGGCUAGCGGCUAGCUAUUGUUUUAGGCAAACAAAUUUUAAAUACCUGCUCCUCAUAAGCGCACGGUCAGCAGUAACUGGAAUGUUUUAAGAAAUAAUUUCUAGAACGGGGGAAUCACUUUAUCAACUAUUUAAAUUGUACAGUCAUGAUUCUCUUUUAAAAGUUAAUCCACAUCUCUACAGCUGCUCCACGUUGUGUCUAAUUUUUACAGAAAAAAAAACGUCUCCAUCAGUACAUCAUAAGUGCUCUUUAUCGAUCAGAUGAAUAAUGUAUACGAUCGGGCAAUAAAAUUCAGCUCCUGAUCAGUGUCGUGAUAUGUGAACCUUUUGACUGAAAUUGUUAUCAUUCAACAUUGUAAAUCGAUCGGAGGAUCGGCGCUCCUAUACAAGGCAGAAGAAGGUGGCAAAGCACAAACCCAACACUGGAAAAGUCUACACCAAAAGAAAAAAAAAUAGCUGAGGGCAGACAGACUGGCGAUAAGGCAAAAUGGUUUCAACACGAUUUGAAGUAUCUAGCUCGCCGCCUGUGCGGUACCCCAAAUCGAUAUUUUUCAUCAUAAGUAAUGAGUUCAGCGAACGGUUUAACUACUAUGGAAUGCGAACGGUUUUGGCUCUCUACCUCACACAGAAACUCAACAAUGAUGACGAUACUGCCACCGUGAUCUAUCACGUUUUCACCAGUUUGGCCUAUUUCUUCCCAAUGAUGGGAGCCAUUCUCGCCGACAGUUGGAUGGGGAAAUUCAAAACAAUUCUCUACCUAUCGAUGGUUUACUGCAUCGGAAGUGUGCUGAUAACUCUAGGUGCCAUUCCUUCAUUCAAUCUGCCAGCUACAUCCAUGACUGUGAUAGGGUUGCUGCUCAUAGCCGUAGGAUCCGGUGGCAUCAAACCGUGUGUUUCCGCUUUCGGAGGAGAUCAGUUCAAACUACCGGAGCAAGCUAUCCAGUUGGCAAAAUUCUUUUCCCUGUUCUACUUUGCCAUCAAUGCUGGAUCACUGAUUUCCACCACGGUGACGCCAAUUCUCCGAGAAGAUGUUCACUGCUUCAACGAUGCCGAUUGUUAUCCGCUUGCAUUCGGAAUACCUGCAAUACUCAUGAUUUUCUCUAUAUUGAUCUUCGUAUGCGGCAAAUCGAUGUAUGUGAUCAAGAAACCAGCAGGCAAUAUGGUAGUAAUGGUUUUUAAAUGUAUCGGAAAUGCUCUCUCAACUCGUGCUAAGGAGAAGGAUGUAAAUCCAAAGCGUCAUUGGUUGGAAUACGCCGAAGCAAAAUACGGAAGAAAAACAGUUGCUGAUAUCAAAGUCCUGUUGAAAAUUUUGUUCCUGUACAUACCACUUCCAGUAUUCUGGGCCCUGUUCGAUCAACAAGGAUCACGGUGGACUUUCCAGGCCACUCGUAUGAACGGCGAAAUCGGUUCUUUCACCAUCAAACCCGAUCAAAUGCAAGUGAUAAAUCCUCUACUGAUCCUUGCUUUCAUUCCAUUCUUCGAUGCUCUCGUAUAUCCGAUACUGGAAAAGGUUGGCAUCAAAUCUCCUCUUCAAAAGCUUACAUUUGGAGGUAUCUUAGCCGGAGCUGCUUUCGUUUUAUCCGGUUUCGUUGAAAUAGCUCUAGAUAAAACCAAUGCCGUAAUGCCUAGCCCAUCUGAAUCUCAACUACGAGUUUUCAACGGACUUCCGUGCGAUUAUCACUUCAAAACCGAUAUACCAAAUUUCAAUACUUUCACUGUUCAAUCCCUUGGCAGCUUUGAAGCCAUUCACUUAGACACCUUGCAAAAUACAACAUACCGAUUUUCGGCAAACACCUCGGAGAACUACUGUAUCAAAGCAAAUAUGUCCUCUAUAACUGGAACAUUCUUCCUCAACCCUGGAAAUUCUGUCAGCUAUUUCAUUAGCCAGAAAUCUAACAAAGUAAAUCUGGUCGAGUACGUCGAUUCACCGGAGAAGGACAAGCGAGGACUGCCCCGGGUUCGAAUUCUCGCCAACAUCAAAACGACCAGCAGAGUCCUACUGAAAAACACCUGGUACCCAGAUGCCCAAUACAAUGUGACCCUGAACAAGCUGGCCCAGAUGACUGUAUCCGAUGGAGAGUACGAUAUAUUUUCGGAAAAUGGCACACGCCGUGUGGCCUCUGUAAAGCUGGAACUAGGCGGAGUCUACACACUGAUCCUGCAUGAGGUUUUGGAGAACGAAUUUUCACUUCAACGUCACAUCCUAACUCCGCCUAACUCGCUGCACAUGCUCUGGCUUGUGCCACAAUAUGUCGUCAUAACGGCCGGUGAAGUCAUGUUUUCCAUCACGGGUUUGCAGUUCUCCUACUCACAGGCACCGGAAAGCAUGAAAUCUGUGAUCCAAGCCUUCUGGCUGCUGACCGUCGCAAUCGGAAACAUGCUUGUCGUCUUCAUAGCCGAAGCUAAAUUUGUGGAAUCUCAGUCGGUCGAAUUUUUCCUCUUCGCUGGACUUAUGUUCCUGGACAUGGCUCUGUUCAUGGUGCUGGCCAUGCGCUACAAGUACGCAGAAACCGACAACGAUAUUGAAUCUGGUGAUAAUAAUGUUAAGAAAACGAAUCACAACGAGCUCGGGGAACCUAAAUCUAAGCUGGACCAGGACCCACUAGAAAAAGGUUUGGAGAACGUUAAACCUUCCUAUACUAAUGAAGCGUACCGAGAAGACUGAACGCUGGGUUGAAAAACAAUUAUUUGUGUUAAAUGUUAAAAUAUUCUAUUAAUUUUAUCUGUGCAGCAUGUUUAAGUGGCGUGUUUUAACCCAAUAUUGUUGUGCAUUUGUCUAUCUUUGUACAUGGCUGUAUGAAAAUUUCUUUAAUUUACAAAGAAUUAAAUGAAAUAAAACUUA